AUGGUUGACCACCUUGAAGAAACCAUAGUCUUGACAUGCCUGCACAAUUUUCUCAGACGACACAGACCUCUCAAGAGAGAGGUCAAUAAUGGGAAUUCCCACAGCGACCCUUUGGAGGCUGAAAAAUGGUUGACAGAAAUGGAGAAGUUGUUUCCCGUUUUUGAGUGUACGGAUGAUCAGAAGGUGACCUAUGCUACGUUUAUGCUACAAGGGAUAGCUAAUGAUUGGUGGCAGAUGGAGAAGCGCAUACACGAGCAUGAUGCCAACCCCUAUACAUGGGAAAGGUUUAAGAAGGCAUUCAAUGAGAAAUACUUCCCUAGGAGUGUUCGUCUACAAAAACAGAGGGAAUUUUUGAAGUUAGAGCAAGGGAAUAAGACGGUUGCAGAAUAUGAAGCUGAGUUUACGAAGUUGUCUAAAUUUGCAUCAGCAUUUGAAGCAGAUGAGGAUAGCAGAGCACGAAAGUUUGAAGGUGGACUAAGAACGAACAUUAUGCAACAAGUGGUUCCUUUCGAGUUACCUACUUUUGGAGCAGUGUUGAAUAAGGCAUUGUUGGUUGAGAGUGGCCUUACUAGAGCCCAAGAAGAGAAAGAAGAGAAUUAUAAGAAGAGGCCUAGUUCUUCCAACUUCCAAACUAACAAUUCGAAGGGCAAUGCUAAGAGACAAAACACUUCUUCGGUUGGGAGUUGGGGAAGUCGAACUAUGGGUAGUAGUGUUGAUAAGAAGAAUGAUCGGGUACAAUGCACUAGGUGUAAUAGAUUCCAUCGGGAUAGUGAGUGUCAUUGGAAUACUGGGGCUUGUUUCUCUUGCGGGCAACAGGGGCACAGGAUAGCUGAUUGCCCUAAUCGGAAGGGGCAUGAGAUUGAACAGAAAGCAUGGACAAAUAAAGGAGCAUCAACAGACAAAGGGUCUUCAAGAAGUCAAAAGAAAAAUGGAGGUCAUAAGCCAAAGACUCAGGGUCGAGUGUACGCACUCACGCAACAAGAUGUUCAGACUUCCAACACGGUGGUGUCAGGUACUGUUUUAGUGUCUUCUGUUUAUGCACACGUGUUAUUUGAUUCUGGCGCUACAAAUUCAUUUGUGUCUAUGGGAUUUGUUAAGAAACAUGGAUGGAGAUGUGUCUCUAGAGAGAUCGACUUAUGUGUUGAAACCCCGAUAGGAGGGGUUAUGGUUGCUGACUUAAUUUGCAAGUCUCGUGUGGUUAGUAUAGAUGACAGGAAAUUGCUUGUAGACUUAACUGUUUUAGAUAUGCGAGACUUUGACAUAAUUCUUGGAAUGGAUUGGUUGGCAACCAAUUAUGCUUCUGUGGAUUGUCGAGGCAAAAGGGUAGUAUUUCAGUUUCCUGAUCAACUAGAAUUUUGUUUUCUGGGCAGUGGACUUAACACUCCUCCUUUGGUAGUCUCAGCUUUGCAAGCUAGACGAUUAUUGAGGAAUGGUUGCGAGGGUUAUUUUGCAUCUGUGAGAGAUAUUCAUGAGACUGGAUUGAAGUUAGAGGAUAUGCUAGUUGUAAAGGAAUUUCCCGAUGUUUUUCCUGACAACUUCUGUGAGAGAUACUCAUGA